UAAAAUAUGAAUAGCCUCAGAACACUAAGGCCAAAAAGGCUGAGCAUGUAUGGUAACAAUUACUUUUCAAGAGGAGGAGGAAAUUUCCAUGGCCCAUCAAUUCCUAUGCAGAAAGAAUAUAUCCAUCACAGAAGAAUCUCACUAGAGUUCACUACGACUAAUUUCUUCCACCCAGUAGCACCUGAAUAUGUCGUGAAUUUGCACUCUCUUGAAUAUGAAGGCCCUUUCGCAGGAUUCAGAAGAACCUUUGGUACUUUUAUUCUUGCAAUUCCUAUAUUUCUCUUCGGAAUGUGGGUUGCUAACAGGAUUGGAUCAGUUAUGACUCCAACAAUUAGGGAUACUCCAGAUCAGGCCCAUAAGCUUCCAGGAAUGCUGAGAUACCUCAAAAGAAAAGAUUUUAAUAAUGCUCCAGACUUUCUGGGCAGACACAAUGCUAGCUUCUACAGAAACCUGUACCCUGAGAACCUGGAUGAGUCUAAUACAUUCUUGGACCUUGUUAGAAGGAACGGAGUUAAUUUCUAGUCCAAGGCAAUAAAAUUCCUUCAAUAUUGAUAAU